AUGCCUAGCUCGCCUACCCAGCCUAUGUCACCAGUUGCUUCUGCGGCUGCUACUAUCAAACCGAAACAGGUACAGAUGCAGGAGGUCGGCGUGCGGCCGCCUACUGGGACUACCAACGCUGGCGGAACAAAGACGAUGCCACGAGCCCCUCCAGCAAGCACCCAUAGGCAGAGUCACAGUUUGAGGCAGCGCCCAAAGGUCCUGAGAGGCUGGAGUAACAUGUUUGGGGGAGGUGAACACGGAGAAGAAGGGCGCAACAUCCCUGAUGGUCCGCGGACGGCUAACGCUAAGCACCAACACCACGUCAACGCCCUUUCUCAUUCACGUCCCCUCACACACGCGCCUACGCAACUCGACUCUGCCAAUCCACCCUUUCUCCCUUCCUCUCACAACUCCCCUUCCCCUCGCACACACGAUCGUCUGUCAACGCAACGCAACCCUGCCAAUCUGCCCCUCUGUUUGUCCCUCCAUUUCCUCCCUCUCGCUCCCGCAUACAUCCCCGUCCUCACUCAGCCACUCCGACUUCCCCUCACCUCACGCACUGCAGCACGCCCACGCCACGUCCCAACACCCAAUCCGACGCAACUCUCUCACUUGACCCUCAAAACAGCUACCACCGACUACCAACAGCCUACUACAAACCCACGUCGCCCUCUCUUGUUCCCCGUCGAAGGUGACGCCAUUGAGCGUCCUCAAGGCCUCAAGAGCCUCGCACGUCUUCGACGGCAGCAACUCUGCGACCAGAUGUGCACCGCCCUUGCGUAA